AUGGAUCGAUCACCAAUCGAUAUGACCGAAUGUGCCGUUAAUCGACGUUGCUCUUCUGCUACUCGAAGUCGACUCGCUGUUUCCGUUUUGCCUGGUACCUCCACACCAAAGGCAACAAAAAUACCAACACUAAUGUCGCGCAGCCUUUCCGCUUCCUAUGAUCGGAACCGAAUCGUGUCCUCUGAUUCGGCGAUAGUAAGCGGAUCACGUGAGCAGCUAUGUGAAGAUGGUGUGGAUACAAAACGCGAAGCUCGCCAGCUUUUGGAAAGGAGUCGAGCCAGACAACCCAUUCGAGUCGCUGGAUAUGAAGCAAGAUGUCUUCUCUCCUCCAACAUGAUGGCGCAUUCGUCUUCAGUACCUAUUUUACAUCAAUCCACCAGUCGACCACGUCUACUUCAACGGCCACAAAUGCCACGUAGAGGUGAACAGCCAUCUAUUGGGGUUCGCUCAUUUUCUGCCCGUUCUGCAACUCGUAAUUCGACUCCUACUGAAGGUUCGUCCAUGCAGCAGUCAUGGCUUCCAUCUCACUCGGCUGAACCGCCAAGGAGUCGUAGAAGUCGGCAGAAUAAAUUGGGUGGUCGUUCGGUAGAUGUUAAGAAACUUGUGGCUCUGUGCAAAUCGUCGCUAUGUCGAUGCCGCAGAUGUCGUCAUGAAAACUCUUUACGACGUCGGGUAUCAAAGUACAAUCCGAGGUUCAUCCCUAGUGGCAUCGGAAAGUACAAUGUCGUACGACGAAGUCUGUGUAUUUGUGGACGGAACGUAGAGUUCUUGAUGACAGUCUCCUCGUUGAAAGGCACACUUCUCGAUCCUUUGGCUGCGAAAAAAAUUACUGAUAUGCUUGAUUGGGCGGCUUUAUUGGCUUUAAUUGCACUAUUUUUGAAAAUCGUACUCAGAUUUCUUAAUCUUUGA